AUGGCUGAAGUCCUGCUUCCUGGUAGAGGCCCUCGAAUAGGUCCUCGCCGACCCGUGCGCAGAAGCCCACGCAAUAGCGCCGGAAAACCUACCGGUUUCUACAACGAGAGAUUUCUUGCAUCACGGCGGAAUAGUGUGGUAUCUCCUCCAGAAUCCACAAGGUCACGCCGAGCACAUGGCGAUGGUACUGGGCAACGCAGAAGCGGAGGUGAAACGGACAUGGUAGAACCUGAACCUUGGCCUACUCUGCCGUUUACUCAGUCCUAUGUGGGGUUAUUACAAGCCCCCGAGUCUCCUCAACGACCUCCACGGCAGAGAUGGCCGACUCCGGCAGAAACCAUUACAUGGCCCAAUGAUCCUAAUGUUCCUGCUGGCUGGCAUUGUGAGGAGGUUGAUCUUGAUCCCGAUGAUCUUGACGCCCAACUUAUUCGAGUUGAAGAGCGAAUUGCCAAUAAGAUCUUACCGGAUUGGUUCGUGGACAAGAAGAAAGAUCUUUUGAAGCGGAAGGCGGAGCAAGAUGCGAUGAUCCAAUCAGAGGAAGCCUUCCCCGGACUCAGCCUGGAUGUCAUCAAGCGUCUCGACGAUCUCAAAGGGAUGGAAGCAGACCUCCGAGCUCGCGGAAAAGAUCCUUCCGGACUGGGUCCGAAUAUAGCGGCCCUCAUCAAUGCCUAUCGAACACGCCAGUUAGACUGGCAUCCAGGCCUCGUGACGUACUGGUCGAAUGGAAUUCAGAUUUGCCAGCCUCGACCUUUCCACUAUCAGGAGUUCCUCCAGGUCAAUCAACUUUAUAAUGGACAUGCAAGCUUUUGGGUAGAAGGACUUUUCUCACAGGGCCCUAAGCCGCAAUUCACUUUGAAGUACCAGGAACUGAAAGCCGGCGGUAAUUAUUGGCUUAGGGAUAUGUACCUGACGGUGCGACUUCCUAACAAUCACGGCACACAGAUGCAGUUCAGGUUUCUUGACGACACCGGCGCGUCCACCAUGAGUAUGUACGACGUCGACAUUAUGCGGUUGCAAUCUACAGGAGGAGGAGGUUGGUCUCAACCACCGCCCCUUCUGGGAGCUGAACGGAUCCGGGGGUUCGAGGGUGGUGAGGGCUCGCUAUUUGAGAUCCGGGCCUUGGAGGUGAACAUGGCUGCUGAUGGCACUGGUGAAAUGAUGACCCGUUGGGAUUGGGUCCCUGUGGUCUUACAUGAUACCGUCAGUCAAAGAGGUCCGCCUCCCGAGAGGCUCUCUGGUCCAUGGCCACGGUACAAGCUGUACAUGGGGUCGGCUCCCGAUGGUGCAGGCAGAGGCUGGGCAUUCGACCAAAAGGGUGGUUGGGGAGCGAUAGUGCCGACGGUUCACAAUAUCGGCACCGCCCCAAGACCGGCGGAGGAUCCUCGUUGGAACCCGGCGCAGGCAGCACGUAUUUUUCAAAGAGCCGGCAAACAACCGCCACACCCUGGGGCUCCGUUCACGACUCUUUCAGCGGGUCCUUCUGCAGGGGCUCCUCGAGGUCCAGCAAAGAAUCCGCCUCCAUUGAUCCCAGUGGCCCCAAAUCUGACACGGUCAGACCCAGUCCCCCCACAACAGCCAGCGCCAGCGCCGAAAGUGGGAGCACCAGGAUCUCUUUUCUGGCCAGGCGGGUGA